AUGUUCGCUCUCAAUGUCACCCCAGAAUACGGCUACGUCGUCCUCACUGCCGUCGGCACCUGCUUCCUGGGCACCUGGCAUGGCAUGAGAUGCUCUUCCUUCCGCAAGGCCGCCGGCCUGGGCUACCCUACNCCCUACGCCGAUUCCGCACAGAUGGCCGCCGCAUCCGCCGAGCAGAAGCAAAAGCUGUACCUCUUCAACUGCGCCCAGCGCGCCCACGGCAACUUCCUCGAGAACCACUACAUGGCCCUCGCCACCCUGCUUAUCGGUGGCCUCCGCUACCCUUUGCUCAGCUCGGCUUUCGGUCUCGUCUGGUCGCUUGGCAGAAUCGUUUACGCUGUUGGAUACACCGCACAGAACAAGGAGAAUGGCAAGGGCAGAUUGGCUGGCGCCUUCUUCUGGCUCGCUCAGCUUGGUCUGUUUGUUAAUGCUGGCUUGACCGGUUACAACCUGGCCUUUUAA